UAUUAUGUCGCACGCACUCCGAAAAUGAUAACUGAAAAGUGCUCCAUUGUAUCGUAAAACCGUGUUACCCGGAUAAUUGACUGAGCAAGCCCCUAGGAAUGGAUGAUUCUGACGCUGGAUCCAAUGGUCUGCUCUCGCAAUCAUACUUACGGGGUCUUGAAAGAAUAACACAGGGCAAGGAGAAACUCGAUUGCUUCCAGUUACCUGAGCACAUAACCGAGAAUCGUAAAAGAGUAUGGGACAAUUUGUUCGAAAAGUACUCCACAAAGUUAACCGAUGACAUUGAAAUAACUCUCGACUCCCCAUCAGAAGAGGAGGACGACGAGGGAGAGCUAGAAGAGUACUUGGAGGGAAGGCCCCGUGAGCAGCCCAACGAAGGACUGCAAGAGCAUUACGAGGGAGAUUCAGAGGACCCAAGAGACGAGGGAGGUCCCCACGAGGAGUAUGCCGAGGAGGAGGAGGACGACGAAGAAGACGACGAGGGUGAAAACGAAAAAUCCUUCAACAAGAAUCGUGCCCCCAUCCGAAAGUCCCCAUCGCUCAUCCAGUACUGGCUGGACACUGGCAAGGCCCCUUACCCAACCAAAGAAGACCCCUCAAUCCUACAUGAGCUGAUACUCACAAAUAACCCCGAUUCCUCCCUGAGUGAAGAGAACUGUCCCAAGCUCGAGACAUACCCCAUAACAACCAACACCAUCUCCAUGCAGAGGCCAGAAGGAGCCUCCAACAGCACUUCAGUGGCCACUGGUCCCUACAUUCGCUCCACGAACAUCACGAAUAGAUCAGAGAUGCUGGUGAUAAUGGAGGGAUCCAGGAGCCCUGAGGAACCCCUAGACCCUGGGGAUCCUCUGGACCCUGAGGAAACACGAGAAACUAGAGAUCCCCUGGAGCAAUCGAGACUAAACACUCCAGCACAUCAAGAGACCGAGGAAAUCUGUGAUAACAAUAACGUAUCCCUGGACAAGUCCCUGGAGACUUCCAUGAUCCUGAGUAAACUCGAGGAGACAGUGGAGAAGUCACUGAACAGAAGUAGAUUGACCUCCUGCGAUGGAUCUGACUCUGAAGUCAUGAAUCUGAUGGCACCGAGUAUGAAGAUAUCUGACGUCCUCGAGGAUCUUGGUGAACACAUAGAUAAAUUCACUAGUAAAGCCACUAUUCAUGGGUUGAGGAAGGAGUCUGACGUGGGCUCUGGUGAAUCGAGUGGCAGGGGAACCCCUAGGCUCCCACCCCUGAUGAAAAAGGGGAAUAGGAGGAAGUUGUGGACUGGGAGGAACUCUCCAAUGGAUAUCAUCGUGUCUUCUACGAUGGACAGCGAGGAUCAGAUUGUCCCCAAGACUGGUAACCUUCAUCCUGCGUUGCAGGGAACUCCUGAAGUGAAAAUGACGGUCCCUAGUGUCAAGAGGAGGACGACUAUGAAUGCUAGGAGACAGAGUAAAAAGUUCUUGAAUCAUGAACAUUCGAGAAAUAGUAAGGAUUCCUCUGAUCCACCGUCUGAGCGCAGGGAGAAGAAGUUCUUGAAGAAUCUGGGGCUUGUGCCCAGUCCUAGGUUCAAUACCAAGACGAAGAGGAAGAUUAUCGGUGGAGUUGCGAAGAGGAAGAGCCUGAGGAGGAGACAGAAGAGGAAGGUUCAGUAUCGGGAGGUUGAUUCUGAUACUGAUGAGGACGAGUCUUCAGGGAGUUCUGUUAAGAGUUCUGUGGCAGAUGAAACUGAGAAUCUUCUGUCUCUUUGUACUAAGAAAAUCCUGACUGUUCCCUUGGAGAGACUGUCUGAAACUCUUUUGGGGAGGACUGGGGGUAAAUCAGGGGGAGAGAAGCAUAGAAGACUUGGGGGAAAUUCGAAAAAUGGAAGGGUGAAUGAGUCUAGUUCAACGUCAAGAGGUUCUCCAGAAACAGAGGUGUUUUUGUCCAGGAAUAUGAGGAGUGUUCCUCAGACUGGAAAAAUUGAAUUGGACUCACAGGAGAGUGAUCAGAGUACGAUAAUCAUGAUGGAGUGUGAAGAGAACAGGGAACAGCCUUCUAACCCUCCUACACGUUCGAAAAGAUCAGCUAGUGAGUCCGAGAUACCCCUGGGAGCUGCAGAGACUGAUGAAUCGACACCAGGGGACGAAAGAGCACAGAAGAAAAUCCCUUCUGUACUUAGACGUUCAAAGAAAUCAGUUAUUAAUUCUCAGAAAGCUCAGGGGGCUGUAGAGACUGAUGAAUUGACACAAGGGGACGAAAGAGAAGAAAAGAAAAUCCCUUCUGUACUACUUAGACGUUCGAAGAAAUCAGUUAUUAAUUCUCAGAAAGCUCAGGGGACUGCAGAGACUGAUGAAUCGACACAAGGGGACGAAAGAGAAGAGAAGAAAAUCCCUUCUGUACUUCUUAGACGUUCGAAGAAAUUAGAUAUUGAGUCUGAGAAAGCUCAGGGGGCUACAGAGACUGAUGAAUCGACACAAAGGGACGAAAGAGGAGAGAAGAAAAUCCCUUCUGUACUUCUUAGACGUUCAAAGAAAUCAGUUAUUAAUUCUGAGAAAGCUCAGGGGGCUACAGAGACUGAUGAAUCGACACCAGGGGAUGAAAGAGGAGAGAAGAAAAAUUCUCCUGUUCUUCUUAGACGUUCAAAGAAAUCAGUUAUUAAUUCUCAGAAAGCUCAGGGAGCUACAGAGACUGAUGAAUCGAGACCAGGGGAUGAAAGAGGGGAGAAAAAAAUUCGUUCUGCACUUCUUAGACGUCCAAAGAAAUCAGGUAUUGAUUCUGAGAAAACUCAGGGGGCUACAGAGACUGAUGAAUCGAGACCAGGAGACGAAAGAGUAGAGAAGAAAAUCCCUUCUGUACUUCUUAGACGUUCGAAGAAAUUAGAUAUUGAUUCUGAGAAUACUCAGGGGGCUACAGAGACUGAUGCAUCGACACCAGGGGACGAAAGAGGAGAGAAGAAAAUUCGUGCUGAACUUCUUGGACGUUCAAAGAAAUCAGGUAUUAAUUCUCAGAAAGCUCAGGGAGCUGCAGAGACUGAUGAAUCGAAACCAGGGGACGAAAGAAUGGAGAAGAAAAUCCCUUCUGUACUUCUUAGACGUUCAAAGAAAUCAGUUGUUGAUCCUGAGAAAGCUCAGGAUGAAAGAGAAGAGGCGAAUACGGUUCCCAGACGUCGGGGACGACCUAAAAAAUUAUCUAGUCAAUCUGGCACUCUACAAGCAUCUUCAGAGGCUGAAAAGACAUCACCGAAGAGUAAAAGUUCCUCUCUUUAUCCAACUCGAUCGAGAAGACCGUUGAGUGACUCUGAUAAACCAUCAGGAGUCAUAAAUAAUAGAGAUUUGACUCGAGAGGAGGAAAAAUUCGAGAAAAAACUGGAUAAUCGAGCCAUCAGGAGGAUGAGGCAACGUUCAGCCCUGAGAAAAGCGAAGAAUGAGCAGAAGAAACGCAAGAGCAGGAAAGUCAAUUCUAAGAAGGUGAAGGUGAAACCCUCGAAUGACAAGAGUGAAUUACUAGAUGGGAUUAAUGCCUCCAUGAGGGAGUCUCCAGCUCCAGGAGAUGGACAAGAAAGUGACGAGGGUGACGAGGGUGAGGACAGAGAGGAGAGUGAGGAGGAGGGGAGGACCGUGAUAAGAGCAACGGUUACGAUCGACAGUGACUCCUACAGUGAAUCCUCUCGAGACAUGAAACCCCGGAGGACGAUGAAUGGGAUCAGGAGACGAUGCUUGGAGCCAGUAAUCAAGUUCUUCUCGGACGACGACAAUGAUUUCAUCACGAAGAUGGAGAUGAGUUACCACAGGGCCCAGAGGAGAUCGAUGAGGAGGAGGACUGCGGAGGAUGAACUCUCUGAGGACCAGAAGAGGAUUAUUGACGACUUGACGAGUGAAACUGUGCCAAUUUUCUCUGGGAGUAUCCUGCCGAGUGACGAGGAGGAGAUUUACGAGAGCUCGAGGGUGAAAGAUAAGAAGAUGAGUGCGAGAACUACGAAAAAUAUGAGGAGUGGUUCGGGGAAAUCUGCGGGGGCAGUUGAGAGCCCUGGGAAGUCUAUCAAAAAUACCACGAGACCGAGUUUUAUCAGAGUUUUGAGCUACGAUGAUGCGUCGUCCAAGCAGUCAGAGGAAGUUCAGGAGAGCCCACCUAAGAGGUUUAAAACUGAGACUGGAGUUAUUAAUAAGCGUGUUAGUAGUGAUGUUGGUAGGAGUGUUGACAAAAAUAAGUCAUUGAAAGGAGUAGAGUCUGAUUCCAGUGGCUCGUCGAGCGGAUCGAUGGUGUUGCUGUUGGGGAGGCGCACGAGGUCCUGUGGGAUCAAGCGUAAAGCAGAAUUUGAGGAGGAUGAUGUCCAGGGACGCAGUCCCAGUGAUGACAGAAACUCGUCAGUGAGGAGUUCCCAGUCUCCAAUUAAACAGACUAGAACUUUAACUCCAGUUGUUAAAUUACUCAGGGUAUCUUCAGUGGAUAGAUUGGCAUCACCGGUCAAGUUACCAACGAAGAAACCUCAGGCAGUAAUUAAAUGCUCAGAUAAACGAUUGCCAUCACCGAAGGAAAAAUUGCCAGGGGUUAAAUUAAUGGACCUCAGCGUAUCAAUCGCAAAAAUACCCGAUGACCUCGAGAGAUCUCUCAAAAAGGACGACAGAAAAUCGAGUUCAGUGGUGUCACCGGUUAAAUCAAUAAAUCAUUCGAGAAAAUUAAUUUUUUCGGUGAGAAAGGGCACGAGAAACUCGAGGAAACGAGCGCUGACUUCGGAAGACGAGAGUUCAGUUGAUUUCUGCCUUGAAAACCCCACCGAUAGUCACGAUAAUUUAAUUGAUGAUGAGUCAAGUGAUAUUGACAGUAUAAAAUGUACAAAAUUAUUCCACAAUCCCUUUGAGGACUCCGGGGAUGGACUGACGAUUCCAAUGAACAAGAAUUAUGAGAGGAGUCGGUCAAGUAAGAAUAUUAAUAAUAAUUUGAGGAAAAAAUCAGUGAUUACACUUCGAACACGAGAUGAUUCCGACUCGGAUGAUUAGUAAUGGGAAAUGUUAUUGCGUUGUUAAUUACCUGUUGUAUUUUCAUUCAAUUUUGUACCUUUUCGUUUACUGUAAAAAAUAUUCUUUUCUAUUAACUUAUAAAUGAUAAAAUUUAGUUUUUGAAAAAAUUGAUUUUAGUAUUGUGAAUAAACUACGUUUUGGACAGUUUUGAUAAACGAUAAAUGUUAUGGAGUUGUUAUCGUUGACGAUGACGUUUUAUUAUUUUACUAUGAGUUUAAUCGUUUCAUCAAAUAUUUGGAAAUUAUUGUACUCAUGAGGUAUUCGGCACGAGUGAUUUUUUUAUUACUGAAUCCUUCCAAUGAAAUUGAAUCAAAUUAAUUUCUUUAAUUAAUUGACGAUAAUUUCAACGUGCAGAGUGCCAUUGUAAAUAUGUAUAUCGAUGAGUAUCUUUUGCUAAUAAAAACUAUUGUACAAUGA